AUUAGUAGAGAUCAAUCAUUUGAUGCUUAGGCUCAGCCUAUACUGAAUGCCAUGUCGACGAUCAUAAUAGGUUCAGGAAUCAUUGGCGUGGCCACUGCCUUCUACUUAUCCCAGUCAGAAGCUCCCAGCUCGAUUCACCUGGUAGAUAACUCCGAUGUACUCUUUUCAUCAGCAUCGGGAUUUGCGGGGGGUUUCUUGGCAAAAGACUGGUUCAGUGGCGCGAUGCUUCAUCUGGCCCGGCUGAGCUUCCAGGAGCACCAAGAGCUAGCUCGUGAGCAAGGAGGACCCGAGAAAUGGGGAUACCGGACCGGAACUGCCUUCUCUUAUAUCCCGGCUCCGGAAACAGCAGACGCAGCCAAGACCGUCUCUGGCGACUGGCUUCGACAGGGAACAAGUCGAUCCGAGGAGGCAGCGAACUCGGACGAGCCUGUUCAAGCUGAGGAGCGAGCACCGGCUUGGUUGCGAAGGUACAAGGGUGACAGUAUCGACUGUCUCAGCGUGGAUACAGUGGCCCAGGUCGAUCCUGCGGCACUCUGUCGUUUCCUACUGAGGCAAUGUCUUGAUGCUGGCGUCCAACUACAUCAGCCAGCUACCGUGCUGUCGGUACAUGCAGACAAUCGCGGCGAGCUGGCCAGCGUACGGAUAGCCGACACCAAGUCGUCGUUGGAGUCAGACAUUCCAUGCACGAGGUUGGUUAUCACAGCUGGUGCAUGGUCGCCGGAAGUCUUCAAGGCACUCUUCCCCAAAUCACCGAUAGAGCGUCUCCCAAUAUUCAGCCUUUCAGGGUACUCGCUACUUUUGAAAACGUCUCACUGGGUGGCCAACAACGUAGACACCAGGCUUCAACGAUCACAUGCAGUAUAUUCGGCGCGGAUGGACGGCAUGGCACCCGAGAUGUUCUCAUGGGGUGAUGGGACCGUGUACAUUGCCGGCCUCAACGACGCAGCCAUGCCGCUGCCCAAAAUUGCUACCGAGGCCAAGAAACAAAUCCAGCCCGAGUCGAUAGCGAGGCUAAAGGAUACUGCGAGGAAGCUAGUAGAGGGUCAGCUCGAGUUCACGCGGGAAGCUCUGUGCUUCCGCCCAGUCACGGAUAUUGGCACACCCAUCAUCUCGAGGGUGCCGGACGAGAUGCUUGGUAAUGGCGUCACGACGAGGGGGGGCGGCCAAGGCGGCGUCUUUCUUGUCGCUGGACAUGGGCCAUGGGGGAUCAACCUGAGCCUGGGGACGGGGAAAGUAGCCGCCGAGAUGAUCAUGGACCGGGAAAGCAGCAUUGGAGACUUGGAUUUCUUCUCUCUGUCGAGGUUCGUCUAAGAUACAGUAGUUUGGAAACGAAAAAAGUCGGGGGAAAAUACAUGGCUCUUCCUCCGAGGUUCGCUGAUGGCAAAGCUUCUCCAAUAAUGAUGCAAUGGGAAAAAAGACCCUUGAAGGCCGUUCAAGGAACAUGACUCGAGCAACAAUGGGAAAACAUCGGAAGUUAGCUUGGUUAGCAAGGUUAGAUAGCCUUGGUGGAGAUGGUUCUUUUAAACCCCGCACGCUGAUAUAUGGGGUAUGUAAGUGCCAAGGCUGAGUUAAUAGUACCAGUAUAGUAGCAGAAGCAGAUAAGAGCUUUACGAAAUUGAAAG